CCGCAGUCCACAAGACACCCAGAGCUACUCACAACGAUUAAAGCCAUCGAACUACAGGCAAUUCUGAUAUCUACAAGAAUAAAAAAGCAAUGGGACUGAAGAUGAUCAUCAUCAUCCUGAGUAUUUUGUCGUGCAAUUUAUGUAGAAUAAAUGCUAUGGCGAUUCCUGGAGGUGUUCUCGUCGCUUCUGAGAUUCAUGCGGAACCUUUUGAAGUGAUUCUCUUUGAACCUGGAUUAAGACAGCCUAAAGAAUCUGAAAAUCGUGAAGACGGAGUAACGAAGAGUCCUCUUCUUCAGCGGUCAGAACGCAUGGCAAGAUCUGUACUGGAAAAAUCAUCAGAGGAUCUUGAUGAUGAUUUAGAGACAGCAGCAGGCACCAAUGUUUUACGCCCGUUAUUUGUUUAUCGUCAACAAAUGGCGUAUCGUGAACGAAGCAGAAAAAAUGGACGGAGGGCUGCACCAACUUAUUAAAUUUUCUCUGGGGGGAAAAUCUUUGAGAGCUGCAAGACUGAGAUGAUGUGUUGAGAAAACCAAAGUUUUCAAUGAAAAUGUGAAUAUAUAUAGCUCAAAGUUUGACCAUAAUCCCCAGUUGGAUUGGAUAUUGCACUCCAUUAGAAUAUUAAUAAUUCAGUAAAGCUGUCAUUUAUUCAUGAUGUCAUGUAGCUUUACUGGAAGAGCAAUAAAAAUUACUGAUAAUUCA